AUGAACCGAAGGUUAAAUGUACCGGACACGAUUCUUGAGUUUAAGGAGUCGGCUCCAGGGAUGUGGUGGUUUCCUACAAACCCUGAGCAUCGUUGCAUCUACCGAGUCCCUCAUCGCCUACGUCGUGUAAGUCCAGAAGCAUACACGCCUCAAUUACUCCUCAUUGGACCUCUUCACCAUUCUUUAAAAUUUCAAGCCUUCUCUCGUGGAGAUAUCACAAACACAAAGCUAAUAGGCUACUUGAACAUGGAGGAGCAUAAGAAGAUCUACCUUGCCAGAUUUUCAGAAAGGCUUAAAGGGGAAAAAACCAUUGAUGAACUCAGAGGAACAAUAGAACAAAAUGAAGAUAUAAUCAGGGCAAGCUACUCUGAAUCUACCGCCUGGAUUGAAUCUCCAAAGUUCGUGGACAUGAUCCUGCACGACUCUGUUUUCAUACUAGAGUUCCUUUUAAGGAGUAAUGAGCACCAAAGCUCACUCACCAAGAAAACAUGGGAUCCUAUAUUUGAGCAGCCUUGUCUUCAGACCACUGUGGACGAAGACCUCAUUUUGCUCGAGAAUCAACUUCCUUACUUCAUCCUCGAGAAACUCUUCGAUCCUAUCGUUCCUAGACUCAGGCAAAACCAGACACUCCGUGAGAUAGUCAUCACUUACUUCAGGUUCCAAGGUAAUAUAAGAGAUGGCUCCAGAUUCAAACAUUUCACUGAUCUAUCCAGAUGUGUUCGCGUGGAGACACUUAAGUCCAAAGAAAAGGCUAAGAGUAAAUUCAGAUCUUUAGCUGGUCUAUUCAAAUUUGCCCGCUUGGGAGCACACGGGUCAACAGAAUCAGUAAGGAGUCAUCCUGAAGGACACGAAGCUUUUCGCAUGGAGGAGGAGACACAUGGGUCAAGAGAACCAACUAAGACCAAAUUCAGAUAUAUAGCUGAUCUUUUCCGAUGUGUUCCCAUGGAGACACAAGGGUCAAGAGAUACAGAAAAGAGUCGUCUUGAACGAUUCAAGACUCAUCGCAUGGACGAGACACGUGGUUGUAAAAAAAAAAAAACGAAGCCCCCGAUCAUCAAACACAUGUAUAGUGCGGCAAAGCUACACAAUGCUGGGGUGAAGUUCAAGGCCGUGACAGAUGAGUUCUCAAUAGAUGUCAGGUUCGAGAAUGGUUGCUUGAAGAUACCUUGUUUGUGGGUUCCGGAUGAUGCGGAGAUCACACUAAGAAAUAUAAUGGCCCUUGAGCAAUGCCAUUACCCUUUCCAAGCAUUCGUCUGUAACUUCGUCAGUUUCUUGGAUUUUCUCAUCGACACUGAUAAGGACGUCGACUUGCUCAUGGAGAACGGGAUACUAAACAACUGGGGGGAGAAGAGUUCGGUGGCCGUAGCGGAGAUGGUGAACACACUCUUUUCGGGGGUGGUGGAGAGUCAUUCUUGCUAUGCUGGUAUAGCGUAUAGAGUCAACGCCUAUUAUGAAAAUCCAUUCAACAGGUCACGCACGAUCCUCGGUCGCCAGUAUUUCGGUAAUCUAUGGAGAGGUACGGCCACCGUCGCUGCCGCGCUUCUGUUGGUGAUGACUCUUAUCCAGACGGUAGCUUCGGUUAUGCAGGUUAUGCAAAAGUGAACGUUCUUUUCACUUGCUUGGACGACUUCGUUUUCAUUCUCUCCCGUUAAUUCUGUCUUUUGUGUUUUAAAUUUUUGAAUAAAUUAGGCAUUUCUACCAUUUCCCCUCUCUCGUCAUAUGUGUUUUAAUAAGUUAAUUUAUAGUCAUGUCACAAAUCACAAUCUAUUACGAAGUGUGGGAUUUUAUUCCGAGAGUUUUUUUUUUUUUUAACAGUGUUUAGAAAUGUGUAGAUUUUAUUCCGAGAGUUGUAAUAAUGUUGUAUCCAGAAGCUGUUUUGCUCAAGACUCGCUAAUAAUAAAGCCUUUGAAUUGAA